UACUCCCCUUCCGCUCUCCACCAUAAAUACCCAUCCGCAAUUUCCCACCUCUUUCCGCGAAGAAUUUCACGCCUUCAAUCAGAUUCAAUUCCAAUUUUGCUCUGGUUCAUCGCGGAAAAUUGCCUCAAUUCUCAAUCAUGAAGAAAUCGGGCGCCAUAGCCGCCUCCGUUGCGGCUUCCGCCACCGCGAUCUCGUCGGCGUCGUCUACCAAAAUUCACUUUCCUCGCGAGGAUGAUCGGGCGAAGAUAAACAGCGAGAAAUCCGCAUCACAGGGAUCGUCUUCUUCGGAGAAAUUCGCGCCGAGGUUUGAUGGAUUGAGAUUCAUAGAGACGCUGGUGACUGCUCAUAGAUAAGAUCAACUGCCUGUUUCUUUCUUUUUCUUUAUUUUUUUUUAAUUUUCUUUUUCCCCCUAUUUUUGGUUCCCAAUAAUUAUUUCAUAAAAACAUAUAAUUGAAAGGUUUGGAUGUUGAUUAUUGAGGGACCUGAUGAUUUUAAAGGCUAGUUUGACGUGAUUAGGCUGAUUUUAUUGUUGUAUCAUUGCUGGAGAAGCACCACUGUAUUGAUGUCGACAGAUAUAAAAAUGUAUUUUUAGUUUUGAUAGUGAGAGACGAUUUCUCUUAAA